ACUUCACAUUAUUGCAAUAACUAGCUACAAUAAUAAACUAUCCAAACAAUGAGUAGUUAAGGAAGUGUUGCGAGGGACUUUGUAAUUGACUGAAAUAAUACGUUUUCUCUGAGCCGUAGUUAACGUUAGCUGUUCAAAAUCCUUGUUUUGAACGCUAGCCAGCCAGCCAAGCUAGCUAACAUCAUGCAUGGCUAACGGGGCAAUUCGGAGUACAAUGCAUUUCUCAUUCCUGGAUUGAGGUCCAUUUUUUCCCGAGGUGUCUUAAUCUACACAGGAAGCCUGUUCGCGGAUCUACUGGCAACAAGCAACUAGCCAAUGACGAUAUAUUUGUCUCUUCCUCUGUGUUUUAGCUGCAUCAACGAUGGUGGAAUAAAUAUAUGCUGCAAUUCAGUUGUCAUGGAGUAGUUAACAUUAGUAGUUAACAAGUUGGUAAACUACCGUUUUCUAGUACCUACUAUGUCUAUCUAGCUAACAUUUUUUGAAUUGUCUUUCUCAAUCUCCCCCAGACAACAUGGCAGAGGACAUCCAUGUGGAAGACUACCCUACUGAGAUUGAGGAGCAGCUCACAGGGUUUGAGUCGUCAGUCGGUGCUGUCAACAACAUGGUGCAGACCGUCAUAUCGAUGCCAAGAAAUGAGCUGGUACAACGGCUGGAUCCUCUGGAACAAGCCAAGCUGGACCUAAUGUCUGCAUAUAGCCUCAACUCUCUUUUCUGGAUGUACUUGGUCACACAAGGAAUAAACCCCAAAGAACAUGGAAUCAAGCAAGAGAUGGAGAGGAUCAGGAUGUAUAUGAACCGUGUAAAGGAGAUCGCUGACAGGAGGAAAGCGGCCCGUCUCAACAAAGCAGCGGCAUCUCGCUUCCUCAGGAACGCCCUGUGGAAACUUGAGGAAAGGGCAUCAAAGGGCACGCCAGGUUGUGCCCCGCAGGACACGCCAGGUCUUGUCCCCCAGCACACGCCAGGUCUUGCCCCCCACGACACGCCAGGUCGGGGCAAGCAUACACCAGGUCGGGGCAAGCAUACACCAGGUCGUGCCCCCCAGCACACGCCAAGUCGUGCCCCCCAGGACACGCCAGGUCUUGCCCCCCAGCACACGCCAGGUCUUGCCCCCCAGCACACGCCAGGUCUUGCCCCCCAGCACACGCCAGGUCGUGCCCCCCAGCACACGCCAAGUCGUGCCCCCCAGGACACGCCAGGUCGGGGCAAGCAUACACCAGGUCGGGGCAAGUACAAAAGUUUUGAUGGUCAUCAGUCAAAAGGACACAGCUGAGAGGAAGUGAUGCAACACCAGGGGCUGGUUCCUCGCUGGCCUCGACCACGUUUCCUUCGCCCCCUUUUCUAUCUGAAAGGACUGAAUAGGAGAACGCAGAGCAUUGUAACUUAUUGAUGCGGACUGUUGGGGAGGGCAAGUGACUGAGUCACUGUUGUUUUUGUAAUGCACACAAAUGUUUUUUGAACAGAUAGAAGUUUACAAAUGUUUUAUUGUUUAAUUGACAGUCUAUGGAUUUCAGUAAUACAAUCAUUUGGAGGAAAAGGCAGGAAAUACAUUUUUUUUUUAAAGAAGUCAUCGUAAAAUCAGACAAAAUGUCUGCCAGUACCAACCCUAUUACGUUUGAACUGGAUUUAUACAUUAGUUUUAUUUAGACAUCAAAACUUGUUUUAUUUUGUCUGCUGUAAUUAAAAAUGCCAGUCUGGUGAUGGAGAUCAGACAUGUCACCAUGUUUAGAGACUAGAUGAUUGACUUUGUUUGGUGAUUACUCUCUGUCUGUAUUGGAUCCAUUUUGUAUCUGUCAACUUCAAUGAACAACUUACUAUUAAGUCUCCAUCCAUCCAUUUUUUUUUUUUUUUAAUUGAACCUUUAUUUAACUAGUUAAGUCGGUUAAGAACAAAUUCUUAUUUACGAUGACGGACUAGGAACAGUGGGUUAACUGCCUUGUUCAGGGACAGAGCGACCGAUUUUUACCUUGUCAGCUCGGGGAUUCGAUCUAGCAACCUUUCGGUUACUGACCUAACGCUCUAACCACUAGGCUACCUUCCACCCCCUAUUCCCUAGUGCACUACUUUAAACCAGAGCCCUAUGACACCCUAUUCCCUAGUGCACUACUUUAGACCAGAGCCCUAAUGGCACCCUAUUCCCUUUGUAGUGCACUACUUUUGACCAGGGGCCAAUAAGGAAUAGGGUGCCUUUUGAAACGUACUCCAGUCUGUUCAUAGGGCCUUGAGUCCCUACCAGCAUAUUUCAAAAAUAUGGAUCACUUUUUCCCCCCUCAGAUGUACAUAGUCCAUCUGUAAACAGCCCACCCAAUUUACCUACCUCAUCCCCAUACUGUUUUUAUUUAUUUACUUUUCUGCUCUUUUGCACACCAGUAUCUCUACUUGCACAUGAUCAUCUGAUGAUUUAUCACUCCAGUGUUAAUCUGCUAAAUUGUAAUUAUUCGCUCCUAUGGCCUAUUUAUUGCCUACCUCCUCAUGCCUUUUGCACACAAUGUAUAUAGACUCAUUUUCCCCUACUGUGUUAUUGACUUGUUUAUUGUUUACUCCAUGUGUAACUCUGUGUUGUUGUCUGUUCACUCUGCUAUGCUUUAUCUUGGCCAGGUCGCAGUUAUAAAGGAGAACUUGUUCUCAACUAGCCUACCUGGUUAAAUAAAGGUGAAAUAAAAAGAGGGAGCGCUAGGCUAGCUGUACUGGCAGAGAGGAGGGAGCGCUAGGCUAGCUGUACUGGCAGAGAGGAAGGAGCGCUAGGCUAGCUGUACUGGCAGAGAGGAGGGAGCGCUAGGCUAGCUGUACUGGCAGAGAGGAGGGAGCGCUAGGUUAGCUGUACUGGCAGAGAGGAGGGAGCGCUAGGCUAGCUGUACUGGCAGAGAGGAGGGAGCGCUAGGCUAGCUGUACUGGCAGAGAGGAGGGAGCGCUAGCUAUUCCAAAGAUGUUCUCCUCGACUCUUUCCACAUUUUGUUAUGUUACAGCCUUAUUUUAAAAUGGAUUAAAUCGUUUUUUUUACUCAUCAAUCUACACACAAUACCCCAUAAUGAUAAAGAUUUAUGUUUGCUAUUUUUUUUAUUUUUUUUAAUAAACUGAAAUAUCACAUUUACAUAAGUAUUCAGACCCUUUACCCAGUACUUUGUUGUAGAACAUUUGGCAUUGAUUACAGCCUUGAGUCUUCCUGGGUACGACGCUAUUAGCUUGGCACACCUGUAUUUGGGGAGUUUCUCCCAUUCUUCUCUGCAGAUCCUCUCAAGCUCUGUCAGGUUGGAUGGGGCCGUCGCUGCACAGCUAUUUUCAGGUCUCUCCAGAGAUGUUCGAUCGGGUUCAAGUCUGGUCUCUGGCUGGGCCACUCAAGGACAUUCAGAGACUUGUCUCGAAGCCACUCCUGCUUUGUCUUAGCUUUGUGCUUAGGUUUGUUGUCCUGUUGGAAGGUGAACCUUCGUCCCAGUCUGAGGUCCUGAGCAGGUUUUCAUCAAGGAUCUCUCCCGACUUUGCUUCGUUCAUCUUUGUGUGGAUCCUGUCAAGCCUCCCAGUUCCUGCCACUGAAAAACACCCUCACAGCAUGAUGCUACCACCACCAUGCUUCACUGUAGGGAUGGUGGAAACAGGAUGCCCUUUCAACUGUGGGACCUUAUAAUAUAGACAGGGUGUGUGCCUUUCCAAAUCCAUGUUUUUCACAUUUGCAAAAAUAAACUGUUUUUGCUUUGUCAUUAUGAGGUAUUGUGUGUAGAGUAAGUGUGCUGAGUAUUUUAUUUAAUACAUGUUAGAAUAAGGCUGUAUCUUAACAAGAAAAAGUCUCUCUGGUUGAGAGAAUGCCAAGAGUGCAAAUCUGUCAUCAAGGCAAAGGGUGGCUACUUUGAAGAAUCUAAAAUAUAUUUUGAUUUAACACUUAUGGUUACUACAUGAUUCCAUAUGUUAUUUCAUAGUUUCAAUGUCUUUACUACUAUUCUACAAUGUAGAAAAUAGUAAAUGAGUAGGUGUCCAAACUUUUGUUUGUGUGCAUACAUACACCACCGUUCAAAUGUUUGGGGUCACUUAGAAAUGUCCUUGUUUUUGAAAGAAAAGUUUAAAAAAAAUCCAUUUAAAAUAAAAUCAAAUUGAUCAGAAGUACAGUGUAGACAUUGAUAAUGUUGUAAAUGACUAUCGUUACUGGAAACGACAGAUUUUAUUAUGGAAUAUCUACAUAGGUGUACAGAGACCCAUUAUCAGCAACCAUCACUCCUGUGUUCCAAUGGCACGUUGUGUUAGCUAAUCCAAGUUUAUCAUUUUGAAAGGCUAAUUGAUCAUUAGAAAAACCUUUUUCAAUACUGUUAGCACAGCUGAAAACUGUUGAUCUGAAUAAAGAAGCAAUACAACUGG